CUAUGCGCCACCUAAUAGUUGGCCUCGAAAACGAUAUGAAAAAUUUCACAUUCAAAUCUAUUGCGUCGUAUCCCAGAAAUUGCGUCGUAGAGAGUCAAAUAGGUCCAGCAGUGGAAAUUUACUAGCUAAAUACAAAAGACUAUUGAAGUUAAACUCUCUCUAAUCCACCAAUAGUGGGAAAUUGCGCAGCAAUUUUUAGGCUCGACACAAUCAAGACCGCGAUCGUCUCGUCACUUUAGUGGAGUGCUUUGUUGAGACAAGUUGAACUUGAUCCCAAGUUAUAAAAAGUUUUUGAUAGUGAACAAAUAAUUAUUCCGUGAUAGCUUAUAGCUAAACUCGAACUAAAUUUUCGAGUGAAUUAUAGUUUGAAAAGAAAUUGAAUACUAGUGAAUUAACUGCCAAUUGAAUUCAGGAUUAGCGUGCCCUAACAACGUGGGCGGUUAGUCUGGAGCCGACUCGAGUAGUCCGUUGUGGAUUCGACGAACCACUACUAGCCCGUGCAGUGCGGACAUCCACCGUGCGAACAUUUGCUGUCGGCGGCUCAAAGAAUCGCCUCGCUCGUCUCGUCGAUUUGAGUGCCCUCUCCUUGGUGCAAUCGGGUGUCAUCGCAAGCCAAUAAGCCGCAAGGCGUCGGCCAAGCUACAUCCACGGCCGAUCACUCCACGUAACUAGGGGACGCCUAUACCCCGAAUGAAACGCCUGCGCGCAUGACCCGUUUGUGAGGCGUCGAGACGAAGCCACUGAUCGAGCUGAGAACCGACUACGCGACGGUGCAAUAGAAGAAGGCGGAUUGGGUGGAAUCACGUGGGGACUACCGACUGCGAGCGACGUCCGACGUUGGAUUCCUCGUUUGCGCACAUCAAGGUCAGAUCUGAUCCUUUUGCUCACUCUAGAGUUAGUUUCCAAUUGGAAUUCCAAAAAGCUAGAAAGCGUGACGUCACCAUAGGCAAUUAGGUUUAUUUGAAUUUGAACUAAUUUGCUUUGAGUUUGGAGCUCAGCUCCCGAAAUACAAACUAUUUGAACUCGAACGAUUUAGUUGAAUUGACACCGCGUUCGACUAUUGAUUUAGAAUAAUAAAUUACUUCGAAUUUAGUUUGUACUCCACUUUUUUCUCGCGUCACGCUAAUAAAUUUUAAAUUGAUUAUUUGAUUGUGUUAGUUUAAUUUUAGCAAAGUAAUUCCUCUUUGGCGGAUCAUUGAGAUUUGAUUUUCGGUAAUUAUUUUAGAUCAUUUGUUUGAAAUUCUAUCUGCUGAGUUUAUUUGAUUUGCCGUACGACGUUUGGGACGAAAUUGCGACCUUAGUUCUGCGAACUUCAGUUGACCUGCCCUGAGAAGGCAGUCUCUUUCCGGGCUAAUUAACGGAGUAACGGUCCUUCGUUGAAGGUGGCGCUUAAGCUGUUACUUGGAAACAGAACGGAGCGUUACAUUUUGGCGCCCAACGUGGGGCCCUGAUUGCGGAGCCUUGGCGUUUUUGUACAUAAUUGAAUUAGUUUGAAUUUUUGCAGUAAAGUUGUUGAAUUGAAUUUGAAUCAAAUCGGAAUUUAACCUAGGAUUAGUUUUUAUUUAGAAUUCGUUGAGCAAAUCUAGUAGUAAGUUAGGAUUACAGUUUCGGAAAUCGGUGAAUUCGUUUAGUUUAGUUUCGGUUAUUUUUUUUUCUUUGAAUUUGAAUUUUUGAACAUAAUAUUCGAAUCGUAAAAUUUCUUCUUUUUUCCUUGUUUUUUUUUCUACUAUAUUUCGUGUGUUACUGUCAUAUUCUUUACCCUAGUUUAAAUUGAAGUGCUAUUUGAAGUGAUUGAAGUGAACGUGAUUGUGAAUUUAUAAUUACAAUGGCCUCGGAGAACUACAGCCUAGAUGAUAGUGGGAAUUUGAACCGUACGGCGAAUUCGCAAAGAACGCUGGUUACUCCACCAGGUUCCGACUUCGUUGAUUCUUUGAAGGGAGCAGUUGGUGGUUUGAAUCCCGCUCGCACACCGCGUAUAGUCUGGGCAGACCAAAUGCUGAUGGGAGCUUCCGCUCACGGACCCGAAGUCCACGGAUUGUCGUUAGAUAGUCGUCUUCCAGUCCCGAAUAACUUGCAGGCCGAAAUGGACCACGCUGCAAGACUCCAGCUUUCGGCCGAAGGAUUCCCGCUUCCUUUCCGGGGAGUUCCGUCCAGUACCAGGUUGGAGAGAGCGGCUGGAAAUGACUCCGAUGAUUUGCCGGCGGAUUUGAUGGGAUUUUCCGAACCAGGAGCGGAGAUGACACGGGGUACCAAUCCAUUUUUGACACCCGGUUAUCGGGGACCAGAAGGCACGAGAAGUAACACUGGCCUCCGCGAACGGCAAACACAAUCGCUUAAUGGAUCAUUUCUGCUACCUCGAGACGACGCUGUACCGCUACUGAAUUCCACCGUGCAGCCGAUCGUUUCAUCGGGAACCACGAUGACAAAUGGAAGGCCAACAAUGCCUCGUCCUGCGUUCGACUCUCAGCCGUCGUCUUCAACGCAAGGUCACCGAAUGUUAGGUGCGGUUCAAACCAAUGUUCCCGCAUAUCGGAAUGGAGGUUGUCGUACAUCCAUCAGUGAAACUGGAGUAUCCACGCAGUACGUCUGGGGGCAAACGGAAGGAAUCGCACAAACCGGUCGUCAACCACCUGUAAAUGAGAGUGAUACGUCGCAUAACUAUGUACAUGUGUCGGAAAUUCAAAACUAUGUGCAGACUUACGUCCGCCAACUCUUGACUGGCCAACCGAAUCGUCCCGUUGUUCCAGAUAUGGUCGUUAACCACUUGGCUCAAGAAAUCGGAAGUAUCGGCCUACAUAAUCCCGGAGUUCCUGAUGUGUCUCGUACUCCGGAUGGAGUUCAUGUUGUCUCUCAGGAACCGCCCAGGUUGCCAGCGCCUCUGCAGAUGCGGAAUGCGGAUAGAUCAGGCCUACAACCUGAAAGUAGGGGAAGUCCAAUAAAUCACGAGACCCCUCCAGCAUUCAGGGAGGUUCUACGAAAUUCGUGGCCCAGCUUUGUAAACCCUGGAUAUCCUCGAUCUCCCGUCGGACCAACGGUUCGAGAUCAACUCCCAGAACCGCGUUUUCGUACGAAUUAUCCAUUGAAUGCUUCACCAAAUGUUCAACCGACAAAUGAGGAAGGAACCCAAUACCAGAUGAGACGGGGUAGGCUGCCGCAUCAAACUUGCAACAUUAUGGAGAAAUGGCCCAAGUUUGCGGGGGACGCAAAUCCGACUCCUGUGAUUGACUUCUUGCGACAAAUUGAACUUUUGAGUCGUUCGUAUCAAAUUUCCAAGGAAGAGUUGAGAACCCAUGCACACCUCCUCUUCAAAGAAGACGCUUAUGUCUGGUAUUCUGCCUACGAGCCUAAGUUCAAUUCCUGGGAUACCUUGUUGUAUUACUUGCGCAUGAGGUAUGACAACCCGAAUAGGGAUCGAUUCAUUCGGGAGGAUCUGCGAAAUCGAAAACAACGUCCUAACGAGCUGUUCAGUGCGUUCCUCACGGACAUUGAAAAUCUGUCUCAGCGGAUGAACAAAAGGAUUUCCGACGAGGAGAAAUUCGACAUUGUGGUAGAGAACAUGAAGAUGUCCUACAAACGGCGACUAGCAUUAGAGGAAAUUUCGUCAUUGGAACACUUGGCACAACUGUGCUACAGAUUUGACGCGUUGGAGGGAAACUUGUAUCAUCCUCGUGGUCCAACUAAAACACCGUUGGUCAAUGAGAUCUUCGUGGAUGAGAAGGAAGCCGCGGACGCCGAGGACCUGACCGAUGAACUGGAGGUAGCUGCGCUUCAGGCGCGUAGGAAUCCCAAGGACCCAUCAACGUCGAAUAUUCGGGCAACCAAUGACCGAACCCAAUCUCUUUGCUGGAAUUGCAGAAAAUCCGGACAUCUGUGGAGAGAAUGCGAUCAAAAGAAAGGUAUCUUCUGUCACAUGUGUGGUCAUCCGGAUACUACUGCGUUCAGAUGCCCACAGCAGCAUGAUCUGCGGACUGCGUUCGAGUCCAAGCCAAAAAACGAUUAAAGGAGGAGAUUUUUGGGAACCGAACUCCUGCCCAAUCGGACAAAAAGGUUCCCCAUUCCCCGUUUUCCAGAUUCAAUCAAACCUUCCUGAUAAAGACCAGUUUUCGACGUUGUCCCCACCUAAUUGUUUCGAUCCUCGACACACAAGUCGAAGGGCUCGCAGACACCGGAGCCAGCGUGUCAAUUAUAAGCUCGACGAAUCUCCUCAAACGCCUUGGAUUAAAGGUUCAGAAAUGUCAUUUAAAGAUUUUUACAGCGGAUCGGACUCCAUACACCUGUUUGG